UCAUCAUCCCUUCGAACUCUCGACUUGCCGAAGCACAUUAUUUCGGCACCUAACUACGCCAGAGAGAGAAGCCGGUGACAUUGAUUGUAAGAAGGUGUAUAUAACCAAAAUACGUUCUUCCAUUUAUUUUUCAAGGCGCAUUGCUAUUUGACAAGAACAAAGGUUUCCACACGAAAACCCUAAUCCAGUUGGGCAGCAGCUAAGAGGCUAAGAAAAUCUCCGGCAAUGGCCGUGCUGAGCUCGAAGCAGGUGCUGCAAGAGAGCAACACCAGCAAUUCCGAUUCCAUUACUUCUCUAGCCCUCACCGCAAAGGCUCUCUCCGACGUAUCUUGCUUGGACGCGUUCAAGAACAUUCAAAGGCUCGACCUUAGCUUCAACAGCCUGACUUCCAUUGAUGGGUUGAGGUCAUGCGUAAACUUGAAGUGGUUAUCAGUAGCCCAGAACAAGCUUCAGAGUUUGGAAGGGAUUGAAUGCCUCGUUAAACUUACUGUAUUAAAUGCCGCAAAAAACAAGCUUAAAUCAGUGGAUGGGCUUAAUUCUCUUGUAAAUUUGCGUGCACUGAUCUUGAAUGAUAAUGAGAUCAGUUCUAUUUGUAAACUUGAUCAAAUGAAAGACCUGAACACUGUAGUUCUUUCAAGGAAUCCAAUACGAGAACUAGGUCUGUCUCUUGCUAAAAGAAAUUCGAUAUCAAAAUUGUCCCUUUCAAACUGCCAGCUGCAACUUAUUGGCUCUUCACUCAAAUCAUGCACAGAGUUAAAGGAAUUGCGACUCUCUCAUAACGAGAUCACGACACUUCCAAGUGAGUUGGCUUGCAAUAACAAAUUGCAAAACUUGGACUUGGGAAAUAAUGCGAUCCUUAGGUGGCCUGAUCUUAAGGUUCUCUCUUCACUAAUUAACCUGAAAAACUUGAACCUUCACGGGAAUCCCAUUGCUGAAAAGGACGGCCUGGUGAAAAAGAUUCAGAAACUAGUGCCGAAUAUGGUGGUUUUUAAUGCCAAACCCAUUAGCAAAAUCUUGAAGGGAGAAUCGGGAAGAGCCAAUACCUCUCAUGAUGUUGACAUAGUUCAGAAUGUGGGAACGAAAGGUCUUCCAAGAACCAACUCUCGAAAACAUUCUUCUCAAAGCGAAAAUGUUGGUGAUUGUGAUGUGAAAGAAUCAAAGCCUAAAAAGCAGAAAAGAGAAUCAAAGAACGAGAAUAAAAAGAAUGAAAUUAUAGAGGAAGCUUCUGAUCAUGAUUUGGAUCAGUUAGAGAACAGAAAGAUUAUUAAUAAUGACAGUGUAAUUGGAACCCGGAAAACCUCGAAGCCCAAAACAAUAGCAUUUGAUGAUGGAGAGACACCAUUUAUGAAUCUUUUUACGGAUGAUGCAUCAGCUAAUUCCUUUGGCAGUGAUAAUCCUGGAGUUGGUCAGAGUGUUGAUGAAACUGUGGGAUCAGUUACUCACACCAAGAAGAAAAGGCAGAACAAGAAACAAAGUAACAUGCUCACUUCAGUGCAAUUGUUAACAGCAGUUGAUGAAGUUGGACUGGGUGGACCAUCAAUGUGGGAUUAGAAAAAACAUUUCUUCUAAUCCUUAAUCCUCAUAGGAUCAAUGGUGCAAGCUUGCGGCUUUUGCAUCGCCUGAUUUUCAUCACUACAUAAUUCCUUUUAUUUUAGUGUGGGGAGCAUUUGAUUACCAAAAUCUUGGACUUUAGUAUGGUGUACUAGGGGUGGGCAUAAAUUCCGAACCAAACCGGUACCGAACCGUCCCGUAAUGGUACUGAACCGAAUACCGGGUAUUUAAACGGUUCUAUAUAUUUUUAUCCCGUACCGAAACCGUACCAUUUGAAAUGGGUACGGGACUGGUCCUAGAUUUUGAGAACAAAAAAAUACCGGACCGAACCGUUCAUAAAUAAUGCGUUUGAAUUUUUUAUAUAUUUUCUAUAUCAAUAGAUCUAGACCAACAAUUUUAUACUCCAAGUACGUAUUCAUGUGUCCCUAAGAUAUCUAAA